AUGGUGGCACCUGGAUCUGGUGACCCUUUGGAUGCUAAGAAUGGAAAGGCUCCAUUCGCUCAGCACAUUGACCCAACUCAAGAGAAACGGACUCCCGUGCAACUGCAAUUCAUGCGGCAGGUACAGCUCGCCCAGUGGCAGAAGGCGCUGCCACCGUGUCGGACCCGGAACAUUAUGACCUGGCUAGGAAUCAGGGCCCUGGUGUUAGCUAUUUAUGGUUAUACCUUCUACUCAGUGUCCCAAGAGCGUUUCCUAGAUGAGGCCAAAGCUGCCCAAGCCCAAGCUCCGGCAAGGACGUCAGGACCCUGA